AUGUCCGAUGACGGCCCGCUGCUCUUCCGGCCUGUGCCGCGACGGCCCUUUACCGUGCGGCGACAGAGCGCGACGCCCACCGACGACGAGUGCGCCGCGGCGACGCCCGACGUCACCACCACCAGCGCGCCGCCGCCGCCGAUUGGCACCGCGUCGUCCUCGCCCGGCCUGCACAGCCACCUGACGGCCGCGCUCGCCGCGUGGAACCGCAGCGGCGGCGACUCGGCGAACCCGUCGGGCCGCGCCUCGCCCGCCAUCAGCCGGCCAGCCUCCAUCAUGAACCUGACGUCGUCGACGCUCUACGGCAUCUACUCGCCGACGGCGGGCGGCACGCGCGACCGCGACGACGUCGAGGACUCGCCCUGGGGCAUGGGCGCGCAGACGCCCAUCCGCCGCCCCGGCGUCGACGACCCGACCUUUGCGCUCAUGCAAGAGCGCGCCCACCUCGCCAGCAGCAGCCGCCGCCGCCGCCGGUCCUCGUACAAGGGCGCCGACGUGGCCCGCGCGCUCCCGCCCCCCAUGAGCAGCCUCCAGGUCGUCGCGCGCACCGCCGUCCUCUUCGUCCUCGGCCUCGGCUACGGCGCCCUCGUCACCCGUCUACAUGAGCACGAGCAGGCGCCGCCGCCGGCUGCCGCCGAGGGCCCGGUCGCGCUGCCCGCCUUCAACUCGACGUAUCUGGGCGCGUGGGGCGUGGCCGGCGUCGUGCUCGGCACGCUGCUACCCUGGUUCGACGGUGUCUGGGAAGCCCGCUUUGGCGAGCCCGACGCAGAGGAGGAGUCCGCAGGUGCAGACGGCGACAACGCACCAAGCCAGGUCGUUGAUACGGGACUCGACUCUGCGUUGGUGAUGCGUGCCAUUGGCGCGUUUGUCGGCAUUGUUUUUGCCAUUCGCAAACUGGCAUGGGACUCGACCCUCCAGAUUUCAGCCACGCUGGCCCUCGCCAACCCGCUGCUGUGGUGGCUCAUUGACCGCUCGCAAGCCGGAUUCCUGCUCUCGGCAGCGGUUGGCCUGGUGGGCUCCCUGCUGCUCCUCGGCAUCAGUCCCGACAUGAUGCCGGCGCCGACGCUGCAGCUGCUGCGCAACGCCAACGCCGUCAACGGCACCGGCGAUGAUGCCGCCGCCACGGCUACCGGUGGCCCUGUCGCUGACGGCCAGAUGAUUGAGACGGGCGUGUGGAUGCUCAGUGUGCUUUUCUGCAGCUGUCUCUGUUUUGGCAACAUUGGACGACGCUUGUUUCUGGGGCGCACGGCGGCGGGCAAGGGCCGCUGGGGCGGCGUGCGAUGA